AAUUUGUACCAUCACAUACACAUUGUUCCAGCUUCCAAGUGUGUACUUUCAUUACCUCUCUCUCUCUCUCUCUCUCUCUCUCUGCUAGCUUUUGAUAUCCACAUUUCUUCUGAAAUGGAAAGAAACCAAUUGCGUAGGCAGGUUCGUCUCAUGAGGCAGUCCCUCUUUGAUCAGGGAUUUCUGGACGCAUUUGUUCAGCUGGAGGAGCUGCAAGAUGAUGCUAACCCUAAUUUUGUGGAGGAAGUAGCUACAUUGUACUACCGAGAUUCAUCUAGAUCACUCCAAAUCCUAGAGCAGGCACUACAGAGGAACCCUCGUGAUUUUAAUAAGUUGGACAACUAUAUGCAGCAGUUCAAGGGAAGUAGCUCAAGCAUCGGAGCCAAAAAGGUGAAAGCUGACUGCCAACAGUUUAGGGAAUAUUGUAAUGCAGGAAACGCAGAAGGAUGCAUGAGGACUUUCCAGCGACUGAAGCAAGAACAUGCAACACUGAAAAAGAAGCUUGAGGCUUAUUUUCAGAUGGCAAGGCAAGCUGGGCCAACCGAGACAGCAUGUCGACCCAAGUAAUCAAGAAAGUCAUCAACAGCCAGAGUCUAGCUUAGAUUAAUGGAACGUCUCUUAUGGUUGCUUAUGGAAUAAUAUUCCAAUUUCCAUGUAAAAUGUUUUCAAUGUCUCUUAAAAAAAAAAAAAAGAGUUUUCAAUGUUUGUACUCUAAUGAAUGGAAAAUAAAA